AUGGCGAGCUUCCAAGAGAGGACCGACAACUUUCUCCGCUGGUUCAAAUCUCUCCCCGGCGCCUUCUUUUCCGAUGCUAUUGAGAUUGUAGACCUACGUGCCCGCAAUGCUGGUCGAGGAAUAAUUGCCACUCGGAAUAUCCCAGCCGAGACCACCCUAUUCACCAUCCCGCGUCGUGCCAUCAUCAGCGUCGAUAGCUCCAGGCUACGUGAGCUCCUCCCGAGCCUGUUCGAGAGCCAAGGCGAUGGUGACGAUGAGCAGCCGCUCGACUCCUGGAGUGGUCUCAUCAUGGUUCUGAUCCACGAGCAUUUGAAUGGCGAUUCAUCAGCCUGGAGGCCUUACUUUGGCGUUCUACCCGAAACCUUUGACACGCCCAUGUUCUGGUCCGAUGACGAGCUCUCGGAGCUCCAAGCCAGUGCCAUGAGAUCCAAGAUUGGCAAGGCCGAGGCGGAGCACAUGUUCCGGACCAAGCUGCUCCCUGCCUUCCGACAGAGGCCCGACAUCUUUCCGUCGAGCAAUGACUACAGCGAUGAGCAGUUCUUCCAGAUGGCCCACAUGGUCGGAAGCACCAUCAUGGCCUAUGCCUUUGAUCUGGAAAACGACGAGGCGGAAGAGGAGAAUGGGGACGAGUGGGUGGAAGACCGAGAGGGAAAGUCCCUGAUAGGAAUGGUCCCCAUGGCUGAUAUUCUGAAUGCCGACGCCGAGUUCAAUGUCCACGUCAACCACGGCGAUGACAGUCUCACCGUAACUACUCUCAGACGAAUUCAUGCUGGCGAGGAGAUCAUGAACUACUAUGGGCCUCACCCAAAUUCCGAACUGCUUCGGCGCUACGGAUACGUGACGGAGAAGCACUCUCGGCAUGACGUCGUCGAGAUUCCCUGGCUCACCGUUCUGAGCACCCUGGUCGACCACUUGGGAAUUCCUCAACAGACCCUGGAGCAGGCGCUGGAGCGCAUCGAUGAUGAGGAGCUGGAAGACUCCUUUGUCUUGGAGCGAGGGUCGGCCGAGCCGAAUUCGGAGGGAACUUUUGUCGGACCGGCCGCCAUUGAGGAAAUGCCUGCCGACCUACAAGAGCAGCUCAAGCUGGUCCUCAAAUCCCUGCAGAAGAUGGACGAAAGUCUUCUUCCCGACAAGCGAAAGCGAGACGAGGCACUGCAGGCCAUCAUGCUCAAGACGAUUCUGACGAUUGAGUCGUGGUACUCGACCACCUCGGCAGAGGACGAGCGGCUCCUUCUGCAGAAUGGCCCAUGCGCUCGGCGUAACGCAGCAGUACUUGUCCGACUUGGAGAAAAGCGGCUCUUGAACGAAGCAAAGGAAUUUUUGUGUGGUUUGGCGGAGGAUUUGCCUACUGACGGCUCCAGCCCACAGAAGAGGGCGAGGAGAGAUGCUUGA